UCGAUUUGUUUAGAGAAGGGAGUCGGCGUUUGCGCGUCGUGGGGUGGACUGGUGGUCUUGGUCCUGAUUAUUUCAUCAUUCGCCUAUUUCUUCUUCUUCCCUUCAUCCCCCUUCGUCCGCUGUCGCCAGAUCUACGCUGUUUGAUGAAUUCCUAGGGCGGCGGAGAUGGCAGCGCGCGUGAGAUUGGAGGAGGACGGCGGUGGAGAAGCGCGGCGGCGCCACGCGAAAAGUAGCAGCAUGGUGCCGCUGGCGCUGCUGAUCGGGGAGGAAGCGAGGAUGGGUAAGAUGGAGAGGCCGCGGGUGCGGUACGGCUGCGCUGCGCAGUCCAAGAAAGGGGAGGACUACUUCCUCAUCCGGACCGAUUGCCAGCGCGUCGCCGGCGACACUUCCUCCUGCUUCUCCGUUUUCGCGGUCCUUGAUGGGCAUAAUGGUAAUGCUGCAGCAAUAUAUACUAGAGAUAAUUUGUUGAAUCAUGUUAUGAGUGCAAUUCCCUGUGGACUUGGGCGGGAAGAAUGGCUUCAAGCUUUACCUCGUGCUUUGGUGGCUGGAUUUGUUAAGACUGAUAAAGAGUUCCAGAGAAAAGGACAAACAUCUGGAACCACUGUCACAUUUGUAAUAAUUGAUGGAUGGACAAUUACUGUUGCUUCAGUUGGAGACUCUCGAUGUAUCUUAGAUGCACAGGGAGGGGUAGUUUCUUCUCUAACUGUUGAUCACAGGCUUGAAGAAAAUGUUGAAGAGCGGGAACGUGUUACUGCUAGUGGAGGUGAAGUAGGGAGGCUCAGUAUUGUUGGUGGUGCUCAGAUUGGUCCCCUUCGCUGUUGGCCGGGAGGAUUGUGCCUAUCCAGAUCUAUAGGAGAUAUGGAUGUUGGAGAAUUUAUUGUUCCUGUUCCUUAUGUCAAGCAAGUCAAGCUGUCAAAUACUGGAGGAAGACUUAUAAUUGCUUCAGACGGUAUCUGGGAUGCCUUGACUUCUGAAAUGGCUGCAAACUCUUGCCGAGGUUUGCCUGCAGAGCUCGCUGCUAGACUUGUUGUUAAGGAAGCACUUAGGACAAGGGGUUUGAAAGAUGAUACAACUUGCAUUGUUGUUGAUAUUGCUCAACCUGAUCAUUCGGAACCACCUCAAUCUACACCGAAAAAGGUUAACAAAUUCAAAUCUUUCAUCUUCAGAAAAAGUUCAAAGGAUUCUACUAAUAAGCUAGCAAAGAAGCUAUCUGCUGUUGGUAUAGUUGAAGAAAUAUUCGAAGAGGGUUCCGCAAUGCUUUCUGAAAGACUAGGAAGCGACUCAUCCGCAGAAAAAACGUGGAAUAUUUUUACAUGCGCUAUAUGCCAGACGCACCUUGCCCCCAGCGAAGGGGUAUCUGUUCACGCUGGCUCCAUCUUCUCCACCAGCUCAAAGCCAUGGGAAGGUCCCUUCCUCUGUGCCGAUUGCCGCAUCAAAAAGGAUGCUAUGGAAGGCAAACGCCCGAGUGGAGUUAAGCUAAUUAACAUGGAAAUGGGCGAGUCCAUUUCAUGUGUUGGGGCACCUUUUGACGAUGGAGAAGGUACACUGCAAAUUAAAUGGCACUAGCCUAGCUUUUGCUACAGAGGGAGGAAUUUUUCCGGGAUCUCCUUCUCAUUUCAAUGUGUGUGACAAGUGGAGUCUGACAAAUGAGACAGGUAACACAUCUUAGCUUUGAAAUUGACUUAGUGGAGGUCGAUAACAUUAAAAUCUAGACCGCCAUGAUAUUGUCCCUGUUAAGGGUAUCAUGGUUGAUGUGCCUUUGUCUUAGUGGCAAGAGAUGUUGUCUGAGAUAGUGAGUUCGAGUCUUCUUAAUAGUAUAAAUAUUCACUGUUCUCUUAGGAGAUUUUCUAAAAUAUGGGGCCGCUUGAUGGUAAGAUAAGUCACUUUAAAAACUUUAUUCUAUACAGUUUUACUUCCCGAUUUAUUCUAGUAAUCGGUGGAAAACUUUCAUGGAGUCAGACUGAUCAUUCCUAGAAAUAGUCAAUGAGGCUAACUGAAAUUAUCAUUUUACUCCCUGGGGCUAUAGUGUCACGGUAGGACAUUCAAGUUGUCACCCAGGUAUUCCCGGUUUGAUUCCCAGCUAUAGCGUAUUUGUAGGAUUUUUUCCUCCAAAUGAGGGGCACAACCAAAGCAUGCUGGGUUUCUAGGCUGGCUGCCGCGCGCGCUUUUUGAUUUACCCUGGUGGUUGGUGGGAAACUUUCGUGGGGCCGGACCGGUCACUCCCAAGAAUAGUCAAUGAGGCUAACUGGAAUUAUCAAUUUUUUUCUGUUAAGGGUAUCAUGCAGGAAUUUUUCCUCCAAAUGGAGAGCGCAACCAAAGGAUGCUGAGUUUCUAGGCUGGUCGUCACACGCGUUUUUUUAUUUAUCCUAGUGGCCAAUGGAAAACUUUCGUGGGAUUGGAUCGGUCACCUCCGGAAUAAUCAAUGAGACUAACUGAGAUUAUUAUUAUUUUUUCUAUUAAGGGUAUCAUGGAAAAAAAAAAAUCUCGUGUGGACUAACUAUUGCUUUAUGAUUUACCUCUUCACAUAUAGUCAUAGGAUCGUAUGAGAUCAUUAGGAUGACGGAUUCUAUUUUUUGUCAUCAUUGUUAAGGGUAUCAUGACCCUCAAGAUAUAACUGAGUUGAUUAUCACAUGAUAAAUUUACAGAAUUGAGUAAGGGUCGAAUUUCGGUAAAGAUCAAGAAAUUAUUUUCUCAUGUGAUGAUUAAUUUUAAUUUUCUGAUUUACUCUCUCUUAAUGGUUUGGGGAUAGUCAAUGGAGGGAAGGGGGUGUCAGAUGGAUUUUACCUUUCAUAAUUAUUUUUAUAGAACUGUUAAGGGUAUCAUGACAGUGAUGCUAGAAUCUGCUACAGAAUCACAGUUCGUUACCUACUGGAGAUUUGGGAAGUUGACGGUUGGACAUGAACUUGCUUGUGCACCCGGAUUUACUCGGUGGGCGAUCCAAAGGAAGGUCGCCCAUAUCCGAAUUAGUUGAGCCAAGACUGGAUUAAAAAAGAAAAAACAAAAGGAGAGAAUUUGUUAGAUUAUCAAAUCUAAGGCAGACUUUGAUUCUAAGGAAAAUUCACUAGAAGAGGGUCAAAACGUUUGGAGUUCGAUCCACAUAGAUAGAAUUGGUCUGAUUCGCAUGAAUUGGUACGAGUUCGAUCCACAUCAUGUAAAAUUUCAGCUACACUAUUAUCCAGGCAACGAGCCCAACGAACCGAUGAGCUUGAAGCAUGCUCGUGGCCUCGCAGUGGCCGCCCGAUUGCGUGCUCGCGACUGGCUCACGAGCACAUAGGCCGCUAGCUUGCAAUCCCACAACGUAUCUUUAUGAUUCCUCCCUUUAUUAUCCAUUCUCUGAAGUAAACUGAGCAAUAAAAUCUGCCAAAAGCAUUCAUCUAUUACCAUCCAUCGUCGGUCACGUUCCAUCAUCUUGUGUGUUCUAAGUUUGACAACGCAUCGAAUACUUUGUAGUUGGGUUGGCUGAUCAGAUGCCGCUGAAUGAGGCGAGAAUAACUAUAACAAAGAUGCAAUAUAGUUCCAACUUUCAACUACGACUAUAGAGAGAUACAUGGCUCUAACAAUUUGGGGGGGAAAAAAAUACAGAGACAAAAUCACCCUCUCACAGGUUCAAGACCUCAGAUUCUCCCUUCGUGCUUUAUUAGGAAGGUUUUUUUUUAAGGGAAAAGUCUUCCGGUGAUGCAAAGUAAUAUGUCUUCAAGCAACUAUUAACCCAAUAAACUUUACUUGAGCCUGAUAGCUAAAAAGACUUAUACGGUGCAUCUAGACACUA